GACCCUAGUUGCCUGGCUAUAUAUAUGUCGUUUCAGGAAUACAAUAAAAUCAAAUAUUUCAAAUUCUUAUAAUUAUUUGAGACGCCCUACAUAGCUUCUUCAUGGAUACAAACGUACACUUUGAAGGAAAUCAUCGCCCUAAGAAAGUACAAAAUGGGUUCGAAAUUUAUCCUUCAGCCCUUAAUAUCAUUUGGGGAAAGGAUGCACGAUACUGGAAACUACCCGAAGGGACAUUCGACCCAGCAACACUUGUACAAGUAAGUUGGCUAGAGGUAACAGGGUGGUGUGACAAAGUAGAGAAAGGCACAAAAUAUGAUGUUAAGUUCGAGUUGAAAUUGACACCAGAUGCAUUUGGCUUUAAUGAGUUACCCCUAUACUUUAUGGUGAAAUCCGGAAAGAAAAGCAUAUGGAAGAAACUUUAUUUGACAAAAGAUGCCAAUGUUGAACCCAAUAAUGUAUCAUAUCUCGUACCAAAAAAUCUUACCAUUACAACAGAUGAUUCUACAUUUGAAGACAACAAGCUUUGUUUUGGGCUCUAUGAAGUAUGGAGUGGAAAAUGGAAAGGAGGAUUAAUAAUCCAAAAAGUACACAUUCAGAAGAUGUAGGAUUAAUAUAUACACAUACAAUACAUCACUAUGAUCUUAAUAUAAUAAUGUUUUAUGGAAGUUUUAUGUUAUAAUCGUUGGUACUUUAUCCGUCCAAAUGGCUUAUAUUUCCUUGUAACAGUGAGUUAUUGUGAAAAUAAAUGUUUGUUGUAUA